AUGUCGAAUUCGCACAAGUUCAAACAAUCUAUUGCUUACUGGUGUCUCGCUGAUACCGAAUGGGAAUGGAAUACAGAACAAAUCUGUCAACUUGCUCUCAAUCUGGAUAUUGAAAGUAUCGAACUCGCACCGCCAGAGACUUAUCCUAUUUUAAAGAAAUACAAUUUGAAAUGUGCAUUUUGUUGUAACGGAAUGCCCGGAGCACCUUUUAUGAAAGGCCUCAAUAAUCUGAAGAAUCACGAAGAAGUCAUUGCUCGAACCAAACAAUCUAUUGACCUAGCCGCUGAAUACGGCUUUCCGAAUGUAAUCGCCUUCAUCGGAUACAAGUGGCUCAACCCCGAAGAUCCUUCUAGUGGUGAAGUAUCGAUUGACGAAUGCUUUGAGAAUUGUGUGAAAGGUCUUCUCGAUCUUUCUACGUAUGCCGCCGAGAAAAAUGUCACUAUUUGCCUUGAACAUCUCAACACACGUGUUGAAUCGCAUCCGAUGAAGGGUCAUCCUGGUUAUCAAGGCGACAACAUUGAUUUUUGCGCCGACAUUGUUCGUAAAGUAAAUUCACCGAGCGUUCGUCUUCUGUUUGAUGUUUAUCAUGUGCACGUCAUGCAUGGUGACGUCAUCAAAUAUCUUCGAGCUCAUCAUGAUGUCAUUGGUCAUAUUCAUACUGCAGGCUAUCCAGGUCGAAAUGAAUUAGAUGACAAACAGGAAAUUGACUAUCCUGCCAUUGUAAACGCUAUUCAAGAAAUUGGCUACGCAGGAUACAUUGGUCAUGAAUUCAUUCCGACUCGUGAGCCCAUGGAUGGCUUGUCUACAGCAGUGAGCAUGUUCAACGCUUAA